CCGACCAUUGGUCCUCAAUUUGCCGACCAAUCAUUGGGAAAGUGCCCACGAAAAUAUCCAAUUAAUAGGAAAAAUUUACAAUGGAGCAGCUGGGAGAAGGACAAGCAGUUGUGGUUGGUAGUGCAGGAGGAACCGUCCAAGUUGUCCAAAUGGGUCAAGGAGGUCAAGCGAUGAUGUUGCCACAAGCGAUACAAGUUGCAGCGCCAAAUGGACAAAUACAAGUUGUUCCAGUAUCUAGUUUAACUAGUACAGGUCAACAAAUUGUAAUUCAACAGCCACAAACACCACAAAUCAUUCAAACUCCAGAUGGGCAAACAUACAUUUAUCAGCCAGUUCAACUUGAAGGUCAAGUUCAGCAAGCACAACCAACAGUCAUCAAUAUUAAUGGGAACCUCAUGCAAAUUGCUGGGACAACGUCGCAAACCACAGCUGCUGCAGCAACCACAACACCAGUACAACCUUUAGCAAGUCCUACAGCAACAGCGUCUCAGGCAGGAAAUGUUGUCAUGAUGGUGCCAGGAAAUAGUGGACAGACACAAUUUCAGAGGGUAGCAUUGCCAAAUGCAGAAGUUUUUGAAGAAGAGCCUUUAUAUGUAAAUGCAAAACAGUACAGGCGUAUAUUAAAACGACGUCAAGCCCGUGCUAAAUUAGAAGCAGAAGGAAAGAUACCUAAGGAAAGACCAAAGUACCUCCACGAGUCUCGCCAUCGACAUGCAAUGAACAGAAUUCGCGGUGAAGGUGGUCGUUUUCAUUCCGGUCAAGUAAAAAAGCGAAAAACAAACGAAAACUCCAUGAUUACCCAGCACAUCACAACUUCGACCAGCACCAAUACCGUUCGUACUAUAGCAAUAGCAGCAGCAAAUGUAGGUGUACAGUAUCACGACACAGACAAUAUGGCCUCCACCAUAGUCAUUGAAAAACAAGGUAUUCCUCUUCAAGAUAUGAUCUCUGAAGAUGAUAUUGUUACCUCAAACAACUGCUUAAUGUAGAUAAAUAUUUAAAUUAGA